AUGGCCAGCUCCUCCCACCUCAACGUCAAUGAUGCCCAAGCUGUUGUCGCAGGCUUCCCACACUGCAUCGAGCACAUGUCCUCCAACUUCAAACGCCUGCUCUCCAACAAGAAGCACCUGGCCUCCGACAUCAAACGUGCCCAUCGCCUCAUUUGCGAGUAUGACCAAAUCUACAAGAACUUCGCCGAUGCUCUUAUCGACCUCAUCAAGCCGUUUGGUCUACCUCCUGCUCUGCCAAAUCAGUCUCAACCCGAUCACAAAGACAUCCGCAUCCUACUAUCAGCCCUUAUGCACCGCGCCCCAGGUGUUCCAGAGCAGGAGUAUGCGGCAGCCAGCCGCCUAUUCAACGUUGUGUACACGUACCACAACAAGGUGCGCAUCAUCACUGCCAAAUUGAAAGCUGUCGAGUCAUCUCUAAAAGAGGCCAUCCCUAAACCUUCUCCCUCUACACAGGGUAGUGGCUCGCGCCGGGAGAAGAAGCUCAAAUUCAGAGCCCCUGCAAGGGGUACACAUUGA